CUUUGAUUAAACCACAGAAGGUAUAAAGUGUCAGACUGUUGAACUUUUUGAUUUUUGGUCGACAUCAGAAGUGAUCAUGUUGUUGACAGAAGCUGGAUGUUUGUUUCUGGGUUUCUUUCUGUGUGUUUCAGGGCUUCAGGAACAACAAACCAACAUAUGUACUUUGAAAGGUUCUUCAGUUCAUCUGGACUGUUCAAAUAAAAAUCUCACUUCAAUAAAGAACUGGUACACUGUACACAGGAGUGGGAACAAGUUUGUUCGGUCUAAUUUCCCUGCAGAUGAACCUCGAGUGACGUACAAGUCACAGCAAAGUUUCCCCACAUUGACAAUCAAUGAUCUGAGAGACACUGAUAGAAACUCUUACUGCUGCAGCAGCGUUACUGAGACGCCAUGGGACUGUUGGAAACAAGCCGUUCAUCUCACCGUAUCUGACCUUCAGGUGAAGGUGGUUCCUUCCACUGAGGGACAGACAGUCUCUCUGAUGUGCAGCAGCAGCUGUCUUCUGACUGAAAACCCUGCAGCCUACAUCUGGUACAAGAACGGAGACUUUCUCUAUGAGGACUGGUCUCCCUGGUACCAAGAGCUGGUCAGCAGUGACUCAGCAGUCUCAUACUCCUGUGCUAUCAGAGGCUACCAGGACCUCAGAGCCCCUCCAGUCUCAGUGGACUCUGUAACACACACCUGCUUCACUGUGACCUAUGCUAAAGGCAGAAUGUGUUCUUCUGAGCAGACGUCAGCAGAUGAGUCCUGCUCCAUCACAUAUCCCACAGAGUUACAUGUUCAAAGGACUCUUUCAAUCUUUUCAAUUCAGGUCACUCUGACCUGUAAAACCAACUGUCCUCAGACUGAUGCUGUGACUUCACUUCAGUCUUACAACCAAAAUAAAGUUCAACCAAAUAAUAAAGAGGUGACGGUGAGGAUCCCUUCAACAGACAGAUUCUUCUGUACUGUGAAAGACCACGAGGACCUGAACUCUGCUCUUGUCUGUGUUGAUGAUCAGAGCUGCUGGAGAGUUGUUUAUGCCAGCAGGAGAAUCUGUGCUCUGAAAGGAUCCUCAGUCAACAUCUCAUGUCAAUAUGAUUAUUCUGAAUCCUUCAAGCCAAAGUCCAAUAAUUGGUAUCAAACAAAGAGAGAAAUGAAGGUGCUGACAGAGGAUGGAGGUAAAGUGCAGUUUGAUGGCAGCAAGAAGAACCAACACAUCCUCACAUUGAGAAAUGUUCAGAAGAAUGACUCAGCAGAAUACAGGUUUAAUGUUGGAGAGUUUCAUGGAUAUAUAAACCUUUUUGGCUCUCCUGGAGUGACUUUGAUCGUCACAGAUCUGGAAGUGAAGGUGACUCCUUCUCCAGAGGUCACAGAAGGUCAGAGAGUCACUCUGACCUGCAGCACCAGCUGUCCUCUGACUCACAACUCAAACUACAUGUGGUUCUUCAACGGUGAACCUCUGAACUCAAACAACAAACAGCUGAUUCUAGAAGCAUUCAGCCAUCAGCAUGCAGGAAGCUACUCCUGUGCUGUCAGAACCGGCUCAAACAUCUCAGACACAUCAGCUGUGAAGACUCUUAAAGUCCAAAAUCUGAGUCCUGACGUCAUGUAUGAGAACGACACAGCUGGGUCAGCAGAGCAGGACGAUCAUCUCUACAGCAGACUCCACUUCUCUCAGACGCACUCACACGACGUCUACCACACCAUCCCGACACGGCCUGCCCGCUAA